AUGCGUCGACACUUUCUAUGUGCUGAAAACGAAACAGAACGUAGCGUUGGCAAGGGCAAGGAAAAUCUUCUUCAAUUAUGGCACAAUCGACGAAAUGCCAUGUUAAAUGGUGACAAUUUGAUUCACGGAGGUGAAGAAAAUGCGUCCGUAACACGCGAAUUGAUGCAGCUCUGGGAUGUGGCCAAACCUAUUUUUUGUAUUGCAUUAAAUCGCGAACACACAACGAGACUGGGAAUAUGA